AUGAUGGAAACGGACCUCCACUCCCCCGGUCCCCAAACAAAUACGAACACUGGGCAAACGGGGCCGAAUGCAAGCUCGAAAGCAAACCAGGAGCGCGUGAAGAGACCGAUGAACGCCUUCAUGGUCUGGUCCCGUGGCCAGCGCCGAAAGAUGGCUCAAGAGAACCCCAAGAUGCACAACUCUGAGAUCAGCAAGCGGCUAGGAGCAGAGUGGAAAGUGAUGUCCGAGGCCGAAAAGCGACCGUUCAUAGACGAGGCCAAGCGACUGCGGGCCAUGCACAUGAAGGAGCACCCGGACUACAAGUACCGCCCGCGGAGGAAGACCAAGACCCUGCUGAAGAAGGACAAGUACUCCCUGGCCGGGGGUUUGCUGUCCGGGCCUGGUGCGGGGGUUGGCAUGUCAUCCUCUGGAGUUGGUCAGAGGUUAGAGAGUCCUGGGGGGCACAGCGGCUCCGGGUCGUACGCACACGUGAACGGCUGGGCGAAUGGUGCGUACUCGGGACAGGUGGCAGCUGCGGCCGCUGCUGCUGCGAUGAUGCAGGAGGCGCAGCUCGCGUACAGCCAGCACCCCGGCAGCGGCGCCCACCACCACCACCACCACGCGCACUCCCACCACCACCACGCACACAACCCGCAGCCCAUGCACCGCUACGACAUGAGCGCGCUCCAGUACAGCCCCAUCUCGAACUCUCAGAGCUACAUGAGCGCCUCCCCGUCCGGGUACGGCAGCAUCACGUACAGCGCGCAGCACCAGUCCUCCUCCGCCAUGGGCGCCUUGGGCUCUCUGGUCAAGUCUGAGCCGAGCGUGAGCCCCCCGGUGAGCGGCGCGCACACUCGUGGUCCUUGUCCUGGAGACUUGAGGGAGAUGAUAAGCAUGUACCUGCCCGGGAGUGAAGCUGGAGACGCGUCCAUGCAGAGCAGACUCCACGCACUCCCACAGCACUACCAGAGCGCCGCGGCGGGGGUCAAUGGGACGGUGCCUCUAACACAUAUUUAA